GUUUAUGUGUGUAGUCCUUUAAAUCUUGUGGUCUAUUUUGGAAUUGUCAACUUACUAAAUAUAGAAAGAGACACUCACUUUGGAACAAACCAAAAAGGAAAGUAAGACAUUUAAAUUGGGACGGAGGGAGUGUUAAAAUACAACUUCAAAAGUGAAAAUUGAGUUGGAAAACAGGUUAUAUAAACUGUUUUCCAAAUUCGAAGUACAACUUCAAGUUGAAUUGAGAUUUUCAUGGCCAAACAUUGAUCUUCAAAUAAAGUGAAAAAUUAUUCCGCAAAAAAGUGAAUAAUUUUAAUGGCCAAACGGGUCCUAAGUGACUCAGAUAUUGAACAUGGAGAGAAUGUCUUCUUCUUCUUCAUGAUUUCAGCAGAGAAAAAGGGAAGCUUUCUAAUGGAGGAAGAAAAAGAGUUGAAGAAAAACAUCCCUGUAUUGCCAUGGAUGAGAAAUCCAAUUGACAUUACUACCUUUGAUCAAUGCUCUCUCGAUCGUUUGCCUUUUAUUGAUCCCAGGUUAGUGGUGGCUUUGAAGAAUAUGAGCAUCACUUCACUCUUUCCCGUGCAACUUGCUGUCUGGCAAGAGACAAUUGGACCUGGCUCUUUUGAAAGAGACCUUUGUAUAAAUUCACCUACAGGGAGUGGAAAAACUCUUGCAUAUGCAUUACCAAUUGUUCAGAUGCUGUCUACACGUUCCGUUAAAUGUCUUCGUGCACUAGUGGUCUUGCCUACUAGAGACCUCGCUUUGCAGGUCAAAGAGGUCUUCUCUGCUCUUGCACCUGCAGUAGGUUUGUCUGUUGGCUUGGCAGUCGGUCAGUCAUCUAUUUCGGAUGAAAUUUCUGAGCUCAUCAGGAAACCCAAUGUUGAGUAUGGCAUAUGUUAUGAUCCUGAAGAAUCCUCAUACGAGUUACAAAGCGCAGUAGACAUUUUAGUGGCAACUCCUGGAAGACUGAUGGACCACAUCAGUAACACUGAUGGUUUUACCCUUGAACAUCUAUGUUAUCUUGUUGUUGACGAAACAGAUAGGUUAUUAAGGGAAGCUUAUCAGUCCUGGCUUCCUACCGUCAUUCACUUGACCGGCUCUUCUAUUGAUGGGAACUUCCCUUCUGUUGAUGAUCUUCUUGCUUGCACUUAUGGUUCAUUGAAGACAAUCAGAAGAGUGGGCAUAGAAAGAGGGUUCAAGGGAAAAGCUUAUCCAAGGCUUGCGAAGAUGGUUUUAUCAGCCACACUAACACAGGACCCAAGUAAACUCGCUCAGCUUGAUUUACAUCAUCCCCUUCUUUUGACGACUGGAGAAAGACGUUACAAGCUUCCCGAAGAACUCAAAUCAUUUAAACUGCUAUGUCAAUCGAAGCUUAAGCCAAUUUAUCUAGUUUCUCUUCUUCAAAGUCUGCAAGGGGAGAAAUCAAUUGUUUUCACAUCAUCUGUGGAGUCCACUCAUAGAUUAUGCACCUUGCUUAAGUUUUUCGACAAUAUGCAAAUUGAGUUCAAGGAGUAUUCUCGUCUUCAACGUCAAUCUGUAAGAAGCAAGACGUUAAGGGCUUUCCGGUCAGGUCAAGUGCAAGUGCUUAUUUCCUCUGAUGCCAUGACUCGUGGAAUGGAUGUUGAAGGAGUGAGAAAUGUCAUAAACUAUGAUAUGCCUGCAUAUAUAAAAACAUUUAUUCAUCGGGCAGGUCGAACUGCAAGAGCAGGCCAAAGUGGAUGUUGCUUUACGUUAAUGCAUAAAGAUGAGAUUAAGCGUUUCAAGAAGAUGUUACAAAAAGCUGACUGUAACUCUUGCCCCACCUAUUCUGUUUCUUCUGAAGUGAUAGAGUCACUCCGCUCUGUGUACACCUCAGCUUUGGAGAAACUUAGAGAGAAUGUUGAAUCAGAAAAGUUUAAGAAAAGCAAGAUUAGAUUGAAGUCGUCAAAUGUGAGAAAGGAGAAGUGAAAAGCUGCCCACUGCAAUAACUUCCAUUUUCCUAGACAGUGUAGUGCUCAGUUGCCAACCAGUUUAUGACUAUUCCAUGGCUAUCUUCGUCCAGACAAUCCAAAUAUUAAUAUAAGAUUUGGACGGUCAAGAAGACUAAUUCUGUUUGGGAUUGUGAAAGCUGUACUUUCCAUGAAGGUUCAUUGCCUAAAUUCAGGUCUCUUACACUAUACUGUGAGAAAAAUUCAAGUGUAUAAGCAUCCAUGGUACGUCGGUGGAGAUGUGUUUGAUUUGAUUGGUAUGAAUAUUGAGUGGCUGGAACUCUUCAUUGCUGGUGAAAACUGGAUACUGAGGAUCUUCAUCUUGAACUAUGACUGUAAUGGCAGAUAAUUUUAAGGAAUGACUUACACCGGUUUUUGUUAUUUACUGGAGAUCUUUCAUACUUAAAUUUUAUUUAUUUAUGUUGUAUAAUAUUAGUGAUGUGGAUUUUAUAUUGAAAAUUCAACAUUAUACUUAGUUAUACUUAUGCAAUAUAGACUUUUAUAUAUGGA